AUGAUGAUGCGUCCUGGGUUUGCCAAGUCAUUGCAUGAAUUGCGUGACUUUCGCAAUGAUCAGCCUGGGCACAAUCGCGAUGAAGACUUCAUGAUGGAGGAUAUCUAUGACGGUGAUAUGCUCUUUAGGCUGACAACCGGGACAAUCAGAGAAAUUAACUCUGCCAGUACUGUUCGUGAUCGUCCUCGAGAAGACCAUCAAGAACCAGUGAAGCUUACAAGCCAUCGCUACGGACUAGCUCUUUCUAUGAACUUCGACUGGUUUGGCUUACUCUCUGGCCGUCCUCACUCGACUGGCCCAAUAUACCUCGCCCUUAAUAAUCUUCCACGCGACCAACGGUACCUUCAACUUAACGUAAUUUGCCUUGCAGUACUUCCAGGUCCAGGCGAGCCUAAUCAGCAACAGCUUAACCACGCACUUGAGCCCGGUAUCAAGGAAAUGAUUGAACUGCACAAAGGCAUUGAAAUGAAUGUGCACGAUGAUGAUGCAGCCACGGUGUAUGCCGACUUCCUCUGUGAUAACUGCGACACACCCGCGGCACGCAAGAUCAGCAGCACAGCAUCGCAUAACCAUGAUUUUCACCCUUGCUUGUACUGCGGGAUCAAUAUACUGGAUAUCAACAAGUCCAGUGGCUACGACAAUAGUUUGCCCUUUGUGUUAGUUGUGUUUCAAGCGCUGAUGUACUUCUAG